UGAUCCUAUAAAUUCCAUCCCUCACUAGAGAAAGUCUUUCAUGCAAAAAUCACUCCAGGUAUAAAAAAAUAUGGACCUUAUGGCCAUCGUCACUGUUCUAUGCAUUUGUCUCUCUGUUCUUCUUGUUACACCUUCUGCUGCUAUGCAAGUUCAUGAGAAGCAAUCAUCACAUCAACAUGCAGACGCCGGUGAUAGAAUCAAGUUCUCUGGCGUCCCUACACUGCCGAGGAAACUCAGAGUACUCCUUGAUCAGGAGGCAGCUGUUAAAAGUUAUGCAGCUCGAAGCUCCACUUCGCUCAAUAAGCAGAAGGGAGACAAUGCUCCAGCAGGCAAAGCAUACCACAAGGGACAAAAUGGGGUGCAUGGAGGCAGACCAGCCGGGACAUGGCGUGAAUGGGUCGAGGGGACCGACACGUCCCAUUUUUUUACGAUGGAUUAUUCGCGAGUUAGAAGAAGACGUCCUAUACAUAACAAAUCCUUGCCGGUAGGUCCAUAAAACAUGGAGCGGGGGCCCGGCGGCGUCGAUAAGAUUGCUGGUUUACUUUCAGUAGGAGAAGAAACUUUUUGAGUAGCUAAGCUAGGAGGACGUAAAAUUUUGGUUAGAAAGUAAUGUUAUUGUAAUUACGGGAAGGAGGGAUGUGUUUUGUUGUUAUUUGUGUAUUAUGGCCGACAUUACGGAGCAAAACCCAAAGAUUUGUAGCAAACUAGGUCGACCGUACUAGCGUGUCGAAUUUAUAUCAUUUUUUUUAUUUUUUUUAAUUUUGUUCUGGGAGUGGUCAAAAUUGGGUUACCAACCCCAAUAUCGAGUAACAUGCUCUCUCGCGAGUAACAAGCAAACCGCCUUCUAUAAUAUUAAUUCUCUA